UUGGAGUCGCGCGCUUCUCCAACCCUCGAAACCCCAAACCCAAUCCAAAACCCUCGUUCUCUCUGCUCCAAUGGCGGCCUCCAUAUCCUCCGCCUGCUGCUCCGCCUUCGCCCCCGCCGACUUCGCAGCCUCCCGCAAGCCCGUCCUCCCGCUCGCCGUCUCCCUUCCUCGGAGGAUCCUCGCCCCGCUCCCCAUCCGCGCCGUCAAGGCUGAAUCCAAGCCUUCUGCGACGCCGGCUCGGAAGCGAGAGCCUCGGGGCAUCACGAAGCCUUGCCCUAUCUCUCCUGAGCUUCAGGCGCUUCUGGGUGUUGAGGAGAUUCCGAGAACCCAAGCUCUUAAACUGAUCUGGGCUUACAUCAAGGAGAAGAACCUUCAGGAUCCAGAGAACAAAAGGGUUAUAAUUUGUGAUGAGAAGCUGAAGAAAAUAUUUGCUGGAAAAGAUCGUGUUGGAUUUCUUGAAAUCUCCGGGUUGCUCAAUCCCCACUUUGCAAAAUGAAAGAUGCUCAUUACUGCCUUUCUCUUUUGUGGGCUCUGUCUCUGCUUAAUACUUCAAUGUCUUUGGCCUCAUUGAUGUUCUUAGGUUGCACAUGAAUAUCUUGAUAUUUUGUCUUGUCCUUGCUUACACAAUCAGGAUGUCUUGCAGCCUUGUUAAUCUGUCCUGAGAUCAAAUAUCUUUAACAAUCUAAUGUUCAGCUAGUUUUUCCCUUUCAUGUUCUUUUGAUAAA